AUGAGGGCCUGGCGCCCAACCUUAUCCCACCAGGAACAAAUCAGCUACCGCCAAAAUGUCGAGAAGUUUAGUAAGGAAUUCCUGGACGCUUUGUCGAGGCUCCCUAUCAGCGUAAAUGCCCCCGGAGUCUCGACAUUCUCAAUGCGGUUUGGGAAAAACAAUGCCGUGUAUCGGCGAGAGGACACAGGAAUCAUAGGCACGGGAAGCUUCGCCUCGGUCAUGAAGGUGAAAGAAUUGCACUCCCGCAAAGUAUUUGCUGCCAAGGUGCCGCACUUCAAAGCCUCAGAUCCUGCCAGCAGGGCUCGAGAGCGUUGGGAAUCUCUAAUGGAAGAAUUCAACAAAAUUGUUGAGCUCCGACAUCCGCAUAUAGUAGAGUCCAUUGAAGUCCUCACGGGAAGUCACGGGAAUGAUUCGUCUUGGUCAAUUAUGGAAUGGAAUGAUCCGCCUUGGUUAAUCAUGGACUGGAUUGAGCAUGACCUUAGCUCAAUCCAUCUCGAUGCACGGGACGUUCCAACUCUUUUGCUUCACGUCAGCGGAGGACUGGCUUGUAUUCAUGCUAUCGGUUUCACCCAUCGAGACCUGAAACCGGAAAUAUUCUCCUCCAACUACAGGGGCGCAGGUUGGUAA